AUGGCAUACGGCACUCGCCGCCGGGAGGAAGAGGGGGGGCCAAUUCACAGGCCGGCCGGGCCACUCGUGGCCGUGGCCCGUACCAAGGCAGCAAGAUCCUACACCUUGAACGGCCGCAACACCUACGAUCCCUCGGCCCCCGAAGCUGAACAUCACUCGCCGUUCUUCGCCGGGCAGAACAUCGUCCACGACGCAACGCACUGUGCUGGCCAAAGUAUGCCGACGAUGCCACGGCGGUUAUGGACCAAGCAGACGAAGGCGGAAAUGCAGGCGCGGGGUAAAGCAGACCAGGGCGUGUAG